AUGCUACGGUCAGCAAGAGAUCGUAAUAGUCCAGAAUUGCCGCGUUUGCGAAAUGGUAUCCUAGCAUCGGCACUAGCUGAACUGGAAGCUCAGCGAAAUGUUCCGGUUGGUCAGCGACCUUCGAUUCUAACCGAGGCGGCUAAUCAGGCACUAAAUCCUGAGCUUGUUCUGAGAUUUCUCGUUGAACUGCGGCUUUUUCUGGGAUUUUUCUUCAUACAAAUGCUACGGUCAGCAAGAGAUCGUAAUAGUCCAGAAUUGCCGCGUCUGCGAAAUGGUAUCUUAGCAUCGGCACUAGCUGAGCUGGAAGCUCAGCGAAAUGGUCCAAUUGGUCAGAGACCUUCGAUUCUAACCGAGGCAGCUAAUCAGGCACUAAAUCCUGAGUAUAAUCAUCGUGGGCGCAAACGGCUCAGAGAUUCUUUGCCACCGCAAUACCAUGGUAUCAUAGCAAGUGCCUUGCAAAAUGAAAGUGAAAUGAACGGAUAUACCUUACCACCGGUUGAUGUUUCUCAAGGAUUUCGAUCAGAUGGCGGCAGUGACGGCAGGACACCGAAAGGUUCAUCCGCGAAUAGUUCGAUAGCCGCGAAGGAUUCACUGGACCGAGCACUGAGCGCUGAUGGUUACGACACAGCAGCACCACGGCAUACUAAGCGCCGAAGAUCGCGUUCCGGAAUGUUGGGAAAAUGGCUACAGGAAUUAGCGGAGUCGGCGCCGGACCUACGCUCUAAGAAGAACACCAAGCGACAGUCGUCUCUGGAAGAUAAAUUAGAUGAGCGGAAUUCGAGAAGGUUUGCUGAAGCCCGGGGUUCCCUGAUGAGUCCGCGAACGGGGAUGCUUGGGGUAUUACUCAGUGAGAAGGCAAAUAUUCCAGAGAAAUCGGUGCCUUCAAAGCCAUCAACUGCUAGCAAUCGUCCCGUUAGCUCACAAUCUAGAGUAAGCGACGUGUAUCCAUUUAUUGCGGAGGAGACUACAUCAUCAAUCAAAAGUCGAUCACCCAUCGACAGGAUCACGGAUGAGCGGGCAAAGCGGUUCUCAACGACUAGCUUCCCUCGAGAGCACGGUGAAUCUGGUGGAAUGCUACAGCAAGCACUGGAACAUCUCAGCGAUACAGUCAUCAAUCCUGCACUAAUUUUCCGGGAUUCAGCAUCGCUCGGGGAAUCGGUGACGAAACGAGGUGGAUUGAGAAGUCGAGAUUCUGGUGAUAGAAUUUCGAUUCGCAGUGUAACAUCGAAGGGAUCGGGAACGCGCUCAGCGGAACUGUCGGAGGAGGAAAAUGAAUUUGACGCAAACCCUUCGUCAAAGCUUCUGCAUUGCGCAAUGAAAGGUGAAUGGGCGACGGUGGAACAAAUUUUGCGAGAUGAAAAGGAUCUCGAUCUUACACUUUCCGAUUCUGAUGGACGGACUGUUGCGCACAUUGCUGCAGCAUUCGCAAAUGAGGAAAUGCUACGGCGGUUACUGGACCGCAAGAUUGACGUGAAACAAUGCGGCGGACGUGGUUUUACUGUCUUGUUGUACGCAGUAAAGGAUUCCAAAAUUGGCAUUUUUGCUAGCUUGCUCAGUCGCAAAGCGGAGAUCAAUGCAAAGACAAAAGAUGGGCGGAUUGUCGCGCACAUUGCUGCAGCAUUCGCAAAUGAGGAAAUGGUGCGGCGCUUACUGGACCGCAAGAUUGACGUGAAACAAUGCGGCGGAACACCUCUUCACUAUGCAUGCAGCCGUGCAUCACAACGUGGUUCUCGAGUAGUCGAUUUGUUGCUGGAACAGUGGAAUGAUGGCCGCUACGCAGAAGACGCGCAAAAAUGCCUUCCAAUUCACUAUGCGAUACAGUGUGGUAAUAUAACAACUGCAAAACUACUGCUGACCGAUGGCGAGCAGCAACAAAUAACACACGUGAAUGCGAAUGGCGAUACUUUAAUGCACGUUGCAUGUCGAUCCGAUAACACCGAUAUGCUGCAGUUGCUGGUCAAUUUUGGUGGAAUUGAUGUGAAUGCGGUAAAUGAAGUUGGAUGGACAGCGCUUCAUGAGGCCUCUUCAAAAGGCAAUGUUGCUGCCUUGAAAAUCCUUCAUCGGCUGAAAGCUAACCCUAACAUCGCCGAUAAGGAAGAUUGGACUCCAUUACAUGUAGCAGCAGCGGCUGGACAUACGAAUGUUGUGGAGCUGCUGAUCGACAAAUUUGGCGGUUCAAUACGAGCACGAACUCGAGAUGGCAGCACAUUGCUGCAUGUUGCUGCACUUAGCGGUCAUGCCGAAACCGCACUGGUAUUCCUAAAACGUGGCGUACCGUUACACAUGCCCAACAAACGAGGUGCACUGAGCCUACACUGCGCCGCAGCUGCCGGAUUUAAUGAUGUUGUUCGUAUGCUCAUUUCCAAAGGAACCCAUGUCGACAUACGAACCAGAGUGAAUGCGAACGGCGAUACUUUAAUGCAUGUUGCAUGCCGGUCCGAUAAUACCGAUAUGCUGCAGCUGCUGGUCAAUUUUGAUGGAACUGAUGUGGAUGCAGUAAAUGCCGUUGGGUGGACACCACUUCAUGAGGCUUCCUCCAAAGGCAAUAUUGCUGCCUUGAAAAUCCUUCAUCGACUGAAAGCUAACCCUAACAUCGCCGAUAAGUUUUCAACGAAUAUUCCAGGUGCACUGAGCCUACACUGCGCCGCAGCUGCCGGAUUCAAUGAUGUUGUUCGUAUGCUCAUUUCCAAAGGAACCAAUGUCGACAUUCGAACCAGGGAUAACUAUACGGCUUUACACGUUGCAGUACAAGCUGGGAAAGCAUCUGUAGUGGAAACGUUGCUCGGAUAUGGUGCAAAUGUGGAUAUUCAUGGAGGUGCAAUCGGCGAAACAGCGCUACACAUUGCCGCAUCGUUGACCACCGAGGAUGCAAUUGACUGCGCAAUGAUGCUCCUGAAAAGUGGUGCACAACCGAAUGCUGCGCGAAAUGAUGGUGAAACGGCAUUGCACAUUGCUGCAAGCAAUCCGCUUCCCGGAAUGAUACAACUGUUGCUCAGUGAAGGCGCCGAUCCUCAAAUCACAUCAGCGAGGAGCGAAAGCGCAUUGCACGUGGCAGCACGGAGUUGCAACAGCGAAGCAGUAUCGCUUAUCUUGGAACACCUCGCCAAGCAACUUUCACCACACGAAAUCAACGAAUUCGUCAAUGCUCGAACAGCUCAGUUGCAUUUCCCUGGCGAAGAAGCAAAAUUAAUUAACACUCUGAUCGAUUACGGUGGCUCACCAAACAUACAAACGAUUACGAACCAAGAAACAGCAAUGCAUCUGGCGGCUCGUGCUGGUAACGAAACUGCUCUGCUUGCUAUCGUCGCCAAAAUCGGUGCCGGUGCCGUACAGAUCGUUCAAAAUAAGCAGAGUAAGGCUGGCUGGUCACCACUGAUGGAAGCAUGUGCGCUCGGUCAUCUCGGUGUUGCGCGGAUUCUGCUCCAGCAUCAUGCUCGGGUUGAUGUUUUCGAUGAAAACGGCCGAACGGCUCUCCAUCUAGCUGCUGCUAAUGGCCAUCUCGAGCUUACAGAUUUACUGCUAAAAAAUAAAGCAUUUGAUCAUGGAGCUGCUGUGGAAGCAAUAACACUGGAUAACCAGACUGCAUUGCAUUUUGCCGCACGAUAUGGCCAGUUGGAAGUGGCACAAAGACUUCUUGCGCUUGGUGCAAAUCCAAAUGCACGCGACGAUAAGGGACAGACACCACUGCAUUUAGCUGCUGAGAAUGACUAUCCGGACGUUGUGAAACUUUUCUUGAAAAUGCGACAGAACAAUCGCGCGGUUUUGACGGCAAUUGAUUUGAAUGGUUUUACUUGCGCUCACAUUGCUGCAAUGAAAGGAUCACUGGCAGUGGUCAAGGAACUCAUGAUGAUUGAUAAGGCGAUGGUGAUUCAGCAUGGCAUGACAGCGCUUCAUUUGGGUGCAAAAAAUGGAUUUGUGUCCAUUUUAAAUGUAUUCGAUCAUUCACUGUGGAGAAAAUGCUCCAAAAAAACUGGUCUAAACGCGCUUCAUAUAGCAGCUUAUUAUGGCAAUUCUGACUUCGUGAUGGAAAUGCUAAAACAUGUACCGGCAAGCUCUCGAUCAGAACCACCCAUUUAUAAUCAUUAUGUGGUCAAGGAGUUUGCCACCGAAUACGGAUUUACGCCGCUGCAUUUGGCCGCUCAGUCGGGACACGAUGCAUUGGUUCGCAUGCUGCUCAAUCAGGGAGUACAAGUGGAUGCUACUUCAACUACUAUGAAUGGUUGGACUGGGAUGCAUUAUGCUACCAAAGCAGGCCAUCUCAAUGUUGUAAAACUAUUCGUGAAAAGCUCAGCAGAUGCUCAAGCGGAAACAAAGGAAGGAAAGGUACCGCUCUGUUUUGCAGCAGCGCAUAAUCAUAUUGACUGUCUGCGGUUUCUGCUAAAGCAAAAGCACGACACACAUGCAUUAAUGGAAGACAGAAAGUUCAUUUUUGAUUUGAUGGUAUGCGGCAAGACAAAUGACAAUGAACCGUUAAGGGAGUUCAUUCUCCAGAGUCCAGCGCCAAUGGAUACUGCUGUCAAGUUGUCCGCAUUAUAUCGCGAAAUGAGCGAAAAAGAAAAGGAACGUGCCAGAGAUUUGCUAAAUGUGUCUGAGUUUGCCGAAAACAUGGCGGUUGAAUUACUGGGUAUAACAGCAACCGAAUACAACGCCGCACUGUUGUUAAAGGCAAAGGACAAUCGUGGACGCCCUCUGCUUGAUGUGCUCAUCGAAAAUGAACAGGUGUGGAAUUUUGUGGAGCAAUUAAAAAUCUAA